AUGGGCAGAACAGAGAAGGAUCUAAUUCCAACACGCUUAACGGUCACCAGCUUCGCUGGGGGAAUCACUAAGACUCAUGGAAUACUAGACGUACAUGUCAUAGUAGGGACCAAGAAGCUGAAGAUUGCCUUCUUUGUGGUAGACACCACUUCUACCACUUACAAUGCACUGCUUGGCAGAGAUUGGAUUCACCAGAGUCUAUGUGUUCCUCCCACUCUACACCAACAGUUGGCCCUCUAG